AUUCCCUCUAGCCAUGGGAAGCCGGUGAAGCGUUGAUCCGGGUCGGAGGUGUGUUUACUAACACAACAACGAACACAUGUACAGAAUGGAGGAACUUCUUGUGUCUCUUAUCGUCUGCGUUCUGGUUCAAGGUACCUCGGGUCGAGCUCUCCAGCAUGCAGAACACACAGAGGAGUUCCACUCAGUUUAUGCUGUAUUUGGCCUGAUGGGGGCAGCGCUGGUCAUCCUCGCCGUAAUUCUGUGUGUAGAUGUCCCCCAAGACAACGACGUACACUACACAAAUAGCGUAGCUUUAAACACGGUGAAAAAAGAGGAGAAGGUGAAAAAGGAAAAGAAGAAAAAGAAAGUUCAUAAAAAGAUUCAUCGCACGAAAAGCACUGGAAGUAUUAUCUCCUCUAUCAUUAGUAGUUGGGCUAGCACAUCUGAUUCUGAUAGUGACCACGAAAAAGAAGACAGAGAGGCUGGCGCUUUCACGGUUGAAGUAGAAUCAGUUAACCUUAGCGAGAAAGACACAGAAAAUCAAACCAAAAAUGUUGAAGUCGAAAUCAAGAAGGAAGAUGAGGCUGAAGUGGGGUCCGUAAAGUCGAACGGAUCAGCCUGUGAACACGACGAAGAGAACACGGAAAAAAGAGAUGAACGUACCAACGAUGAACUUGGAGAGGAACUUCACAAAGAUGAAACAAACGAAAAAACGGAUGAAAAAGAAUCUUCAUCUUCAUCCUCAUCCUCAUCUUCCUCCGAUAGCGAGUCUUCAAAAUCGCACGAGUCUGAACCAGAAGAGCAAGAGGAACCGGAACAUGAUGUUCCCGACCCUGGACCAGAAGAACCUGAACCUGAAGAGCCUGAGCCAGAGCCUGAACCAGAAGAGCCAGAGCCUGAACCAGAGGAGCCUGAACCUGAGCCAGAGGAGCCAGAGCCUGAACCAGAGGAGCCCGAACCUGAGCCAGAGGAGCCAGAGCCUGAACCAGAAGAGCCAGAGCCUGAACCAGAGGAGCCUGAGCCAGAGGAGCCAGAGCCUGAACCAGAGGAGCCUGAACCUGAACCAGAGGAGCCUGAACCAGAAGAACCUGAACCUGAACCAGAGGAGCCUGAACCUGAACCUGAGGAGCCCGAACCUGAACCAGAGGAGCCCGAACCUGAGGAUGAGUAGGACGUAGGACUACAUCAUUUUUUUACAGCAAGGCAAAUAUUCACGGUCAGAGUAAACAAAAAUCCGGUGAGAGAUUGAAUUGAUCAACGAAACCAGACAGACGUAUAAAUUUACUGUUGAUGACAGUUGAAGAAAUCCAGUUCCUGUAUCUGGGAGUGCACCUAGCUUCAUGUUUAUGAAUUGAACAUAGUGUACCUUCGAAGAAAAUACACACUUUUAUAAUCACCAGUAAGUCCCAUCCUGUCAAUUAUGUAGCAAGAUCAGGGUUUAAUCUUAUACCAAACUGAGAUUGUAUCAGUAUGCAGUAUUUUAAAUCAUUAUGUAAUAUGUAAUUAAUGAUUUUAAAAAUUAUAAAAAGUACUAUAUA